UCAUUUUUCUUCAUUCGCAAGCUCGUAAUCCCGAGCUGUGUUGCCUCUUUCACUCUUUGUUAUUACAAUUCGAGCUUCUCAUCGUUCGUGUCGUAGGCGAAUGUCCCCAAUUUUCAAAGUUUUUGAGUAGGGAUUUUGGGCUAGUUCGUGAAUGAAUUUGUGCUGGUUCGUGUGGGAUCUGAAAUUGAGAUCCAACUUCAAUGGCAAUUGGCAGAUGGGAACGAAACGUCCGAAACCUGAAGACCUGUCGGUUCCGCCGGGUUUCGCGUCUCUCACAUCCUUCCUUCUCAAGAGGGCCCAAGAGGCGGAUGCUGAGCCUGCCGUCGCACACGCCUCCACCAAUCGCAGACCUUGGGUGCUUCACCAUGAGAGCGGAACCCGUCACGGUGCACGAGAUUCCGACUCAGCGAAGCACGAGGCGGAGGCGGAGGCGGUUGUGGUACAAGCUGGAGGGGAUUCUGAAAAUGCAAUAACUUGUAUCUUUGAGGAGGCUCCUGUUUUCCGACCGACUGAAGAGGAAUUCAGCGACCCCCUUGCGUACCUGACAAGCUUACACCAGAGAGCAGAAGCGUAUGGGAUCUGUCGUGUUGUUCCUCCCCCUUCUUGGAAGCCUCUGUGCCAAUUAACCGAGAAAAACAUAUGGGGAAGUGCUAGAUUCAGGACUCAAGUACAACGACUAGAUUUGCUGCUAAAUACCCAUUUGCCAAGGGAAACAGUUAAAUGUAAUGGAAAUGCUGACUGUAAAAACCAAAAUAUCUUCACAAGGCACCCUUGUGAAGAUGGGUGCCUUUGUACCGAAGGCAUUCAAUGGGAAUGUGGUCCGGAAUAUACUCUUGAAACUUUCAAGAAAUAUGCCGAUGAUUUUCAGGAAAACUAUUUCCUGAAAAAGGAUUAUGAUAUGAAGUCAGAUGAUGAUGUGCAGAAUAUUGAGUGUGAAUAUAGACAGAUCUGUGAGAAUCCUACCAAUAAAAUUGAGGUGUUAUGCAGCGAUGAUUUGGAUUCUAGAACUUUUGGCAGUGGAUUCUCUUCUACCUUUAAUUCUGGGUGGAACCUGAAUGAUUUACCAAGGCUUUCUGGUUCUCUUCUUUCUUUUGAGAGCUUCAGUACAUGUAGUAUUUUGGCACCUAAGCUACAUGUGGGUAUGUGCUUUGCAACAAGUCUCUGGAAAUGUGAAGAACACUGCUUAUAUUCAGUAUGCUAUACGCAUAUUGGUGCUCCAACAAUUUGGUACUGCAUCCCAGACAGAUAUCGUGCUAAGUUUGAGGCCAUUGUUAAGAAAUAUUCCAUGGAGUUGCUAUCCGUACAGCAUGGGUUAAACGUGUUUUCUCAUAUAUCCCCAUCAACCCUGAAAAGCCAGGGUAUACCUGUCUACCGUUGUGCUCAGAAUCCAGGAGAGUUGGUUGUUAUUUUUCCAGGGGCGUAUAAAUCAGGAUUUAGCUGUGGAUUUAACUGUGUGGAAUCCGUUAAUGUUGCUCCUCUUGAUUGGUUAUCUCAUGGACAGAAUAUUGUUGAACUUUAUCGUGAGAAACGGAGAAAGACAAUGAUUUCCCAUGAUAAGCUGUUGCUUGGAGGAGCUAGGGAAGCUGCAAGGGCGCAAUGGGAACUUUUACUGUUGAAAAAGGAGACUGCAGAUAACUUAAGGUGGAAACAUGCAUGUGGAAAAGAUGGGAUCCUGGUCAAAGCACUCAAGUCACGAGUAAAAUGGGAGAGUCUAAGGAGAAAAUAUCUUUGCAACUCUUCACAGUCAAAGAAAAUGGACCAGAACUUUGAUGCUUCAAGUAAGAGAGAAUGCGGCAUAUGUCAUUUUGAUUUGCAUCUUUCUGCAGUGUCCUGCAAAUGUUCGAGGGACAAAUAUUCAUGUCUAGAUCAUGCUACACAAAUUUGCUCUUGUGCUUGGACCAAUAAAGUUUUCCUGUUCCGCUAUGAGGUUGGUGAGCUGAACCUCCUUAUUGAAGCUUUGGAAGGGAAGCUCACCGCUGUGUACAAAUGGGCCAAAGCUCUUGGGCUUGCUUUUAAGACUUCCACAGAAGAUCUACUGGUGAGUUCUGUUCUUGUAAGCAAGUCCACCUCAGACGCUGAACCAACUGAUUCGGGACAAAAGGUUAGCACAAGUGCAAGCAUCACCUCUAGAGCUCACAUCAAGGCUGAACUGAAAGUGCAUUCACACAGACAUAUCAUCGGUGUUCUAUCUGAAAGUGCAAGUGUAUCAGUCUCCUCGGACUCUGAAGAUGAGAUAACUAAUUUUGUAUCCCAUUCUGGGGUGAAAGCUGCAGAAUCAAAUAAUGAUAUGGCAUCAACCAAACAAAGCAUUGUCGACAGUCCUACUUCAACUGUGAAGAAAGCACCUUCUUUUGGCAAACUGGCACCUGGGAAACUAAUGGCAAAGGAUGCUAGAUCUUGUUCACCACUCAAUGUCAUUGUGUUAAGUGAUGAUGACAAUGACUAACACAUCUUUGGUCAAUCAACUGUGCUCUUCCAGAAGUAUACAUGGUCUGCAUCUAAAUGUUGUGUGUUAUAGUAAACUCUUUUGUUAUACCAGUGUUGGGUAUAGAUCAUGCCAAAAGAAGUCUUGCAAGAAAUGUUUCAGCUAGUCUUGUUUAUAGUCUGCAACUAAGUGCAAAUCUGUAAGUAUAAAAUGCUUGAGAUUUUUUUUUUUCUAGAGUUUUUAUAUUGUCACUCUAUAAUCCUGGAAGAAUGCUUAUGCCUUACUUUUUUCUUCUUUUGUCUUGAAUACUCAUGCUUUAGUUAUAUACUACGUCUGUAGUAGGCACCUUUUGGUAAUAGCUUACUCCCAGCUUUGUCUUAUUGUUGACAAGUACCUUUAAUUGUGUAUUCUAAAUUUCUGGUAACUUCCACCAUCUUAUUGCACUAUGUUCAUCAAAUUAUAUGGUUGAUAUCAUACUUGGGUUGUGGUUUUUGACACAGGAAUUCUAGAUAUGAUAAAGGUUGAGGAAGUUCAUGCCAAGAAACUCCUACUACACCUACCAAUUUAAUUGCUGCGAUAUUGGAUGAUUUGCAUGUGAAGAUUCGCUCAUGAAUCUUUGGAGAAGCAUAUCAAAAGGUAUGAGAUGUUAUGGAAGUAAAGUGAGGAAGAAAUUAUUAUGAAAUUGAUGAAGGAAGAUGAGAUGGUGUAUUAUUGAGGAGUGCUUAAUAAAGUGGAGAAUUAAAAAUUUGACGAUAGAUAGAAUUGAUCAGAUCUGUCCAAGAAUCGCUAAGAGUAUGGCAUGAGAGAUGGUACCUUACAAAUGGAAAAGGUUUGGUUGAGUAGUCUGACAUUUAAUUUGGACCCGACAGGUUUCAUGCUUAAACAGAACAUCUCUUAAUAAAUGUAAUCUUAGAUACCCUGUGAUGAUAGGAGUCUUAACUGAUGAACAGGACAGGGAGGCUUCAUGCAUUGAUGGAAUUAGUUUAGUCAAAAGUGUGGUUAUCCCAUGUGAUAAAAAGUUGGGACCCUGGGAUUACAGGAUAUAGUGUUCGAAGUUAUGCCAAUCAUUGAAGUUUCUUGAAUUUGGUCAGUAUUUCUGGCUAUCCAUUAUUGCACAUCAAUCGCUUAUGCAAUUAAUAAGUUCAAAUUGCCUUUUCUUUGGCAGCAUGAAUUGCAGUAGUUAAUAAGUUUUUUGCUUCAACUAUAUCAAGAAAUUAUUGCAUUAACUAUUUAGGCUAUCCUACUUUAGUUUGGUUACUGAUGGGCCACUUUCAGAUUGUGUGGCUGUUUUUCCCAUAAUCCUUCUCUCUGUCACUGCUUCAUCACACUAAUGAAUAACUGAUAUGUUUCUUUGGCCCAAGAAUUUCUCCUAUUUUGGCAACAUGACCCAGAGUUAUUUUCUUUUGUGAAGAAUUUUCUUCUCUUGUAGUCAGUUCUUCAUAGGAUGCUUUAGAGAAUGCAUGAAUUGAAAUCUUCAUUGAAUUUUAUUUUUCUCUCAUGCUCUGUGUUACCUUAUGAUGUACAGGAGUAGCUGUGAUAUUGAAUGUUCAAGAAUCAGUCCUACAUGUACAAAUACUGACUGAAGUAAUGGUUUUGCAAAUUAUUAUUAUUAUUAUCAGUAGUUUAUUUUAAUUUUUUUCCAUUUGCUUAGCAGCUUCUGUUAGUCUUUACUCUCAUCUCAAAUCAAGUUUGGGUUGGCUGGUCUGCAUGUGCAUAGUGAUGCAGCCAACAAAAUCAUUGAUGAUUUUUUUUUCAAAUAUUGCUGUUUCUACCAAUAUCGUUUUGUUUAUGAUAGACUUUGCAACUCAAAUAAGAGCCCUAGAAGGAUUAAAAUUGGGAGUACGAUUUAGAAGAGUCGAUAAAUAUUGUCAUAAUUCUCUCUCCAAAAAGUUGAAAAAAUGCCAAAUUUUGCAAGUAUUUGCUUUGGGAUCGUGUGAUGCAAUUUUUCUUUUCAUGUGAUGCUUAGGAAACUUUGGGUGUGAAGCCUCAUUAUUCUUUAUCAGGCAACUCAGCGGUCCUACAUCAUAAAAUAUCCGGCUAAUCCACAGAACACUUGCUUCUUCAUUUUGGUUUUGCUCAACAUUCUAGCAUCUCAUUCUCAAUUCUUCUGGUAUAUAUAAAUUCUGCUGAAGCCUGUUUUAAGUUUGCUUCAAUGAUGCAGAUUAUGUUCUUCUCUCCCCAAAUUAGCUUGGACUGUUGCUCCUCUUUGCCUCAUAUGGUGCAUUCGGAAGGAUUAUAAUACAAGACUCUUUGAUGGAUUCAAACCUUCUCUUGACUCCAUCCUUGCUAAUUAAGUGUUAAUGACCUUCAUGUUCCAAUCCUUUGGGAAUAGGGUUAGCCUUAUUACUUUUUCUUACUGUUCUUGUAUAUUCCUGACGUACUCAAAACAGUUUUUUUCUCUCAAUAGAAAAAUUAUCACUUUACCAAAGAAACAAGAGCAAACAUUUUGACUUUCGACUGGUUGAACGUUUCCAGAA